UGAGAUCAACGUCUCUGGACGGGGCAGUUAUGCCAACUUGAUCGUAUGCUUCAGUGAGAACGACGUCUCUGGCCGGGGCAAUUAUGCCAACUUGAUCAUAUGCUUCAGUGAGAUCAACGUCUCUGGCCGGGGCAGUUAUGCCAACUUGAUCGUAUGCUUCAGUGAGAUCGACGUCUCUGGCCGGGGCAAUUAUGCCAACUUGAUCAUAUGCUUCAGUGAGAUCGACGUCUCUGGCCGGGGCAAUUAUGCCAACUUGAUCAUAUGCUUCAGUGAGAUCAACGUCUCUAGACGGGGCAAUUUUGCCAACUUGAUCGUACGCCUCUGUGAAAUCAAGGUCCCUUGGUAUCCCCAAAUCGAGUGA